GUGCAAGAGAUAUAUAUAUGGCUCUUAGGGGGCUGUUACUACUGAUAAAACUAAACUUCUGGAACCGCAAACUAACCUGUUUAACAGAAGGGAGAUUUCUUUGAAACGAAGAUCAAGAUUUGACUUUAAUGACGAUGGGAGAAAUGGGAGAUCCGGUCCAGUUGAAGGAAGAGGGUAACAAACACUUCCAGGCAGGAGAAAUUGACAAAGCCAUUGAAUGCUACACUAAAGCCAUAAAGUUUGGCAAAGACAAGAAAGCACUGGCUGUCAUCUACAGGAACAGAUCGGCUUGUUACCUGAAAAAGGAAAACUAUAACUAUGCGGUAUCAGAUGCUACUAAAGCGAUCGAUGUGGAUGCAGCAGAUGUUAAAGCUCUGUACAGAAGAUGUCAAGCACUUGAAAAGCUUGGCAAACUGGACAUGGCCUUAAAGGAUGUACAGAGAUGUGCAACCAUAGAGCCUAAAAAUAAGACCUUCCUGGAGACCCUCAGAAGGCUUGGAGCUGAGAUUCAGCAGAAGCUGAAAACAAGUUUCUCAACAGACUCCAGAGUGCAAAACAUGUUUGACAUCCUCUUUUCAGAUGAGUCAGAUAAGGAAAAAAGAGAAAAGGCUGCAAACAAUCUGAUUGUUCUGGCUAGAGAAGACGCAGGCGCGGAGAGAAUAUUCCAGAACAAUGGGAUUCCUCUGCUCAUGCAGCUGAUCGACACAGGAAAACCCGAGAUGAUUCUGGCUGGUAUCCGGACCCUGUCAGGAAUGUGCACAGGCCAUAGAGCAAGAGCAACCGCCAUCAUCCACAUGGUGGGAAUUUCCAAACUGUGCAGCAUUAUGGCUGUGGACAAUGAAGAGAUUGCAUUGGCCACUGCGAACCUGUUUCAAUGUGUCUAUGACUCACUGUCUGGAGCGGAUAAGAGAACUUACGGCAAAGAAGAAGCCAUCGUCCUCGACUCUGCUAAAGACUUGAAGGACAUCCUGCUUGCUUUGUUGGAAAUGAUCGUAGGCAAAAAGGUAUCGGGACAUGGCCGAGACCAAGCUUUAAACCUCCUAACCAGGAAUGUGCCAAGGCAAAAUAAGAAAAGCACUGACAACUCAAAGUCUCUUUUCACUAUUGACCACGGCCUGAAGAAGAUUCUGAAGGUCUGUGGUCAGGUUCCAGAUCUUCCCGACCAGUUACCGUUGACUGAAAACACGCAGCUGAUCGCCAGCGUCCUCCUCAACAAGAUCUACGAUGACCUACGAUGUGACCCUGAGAGAGACAACUUUAGAGAUAUCUGUGAUGAAUACAUCAAGAGCAAGUUUGACCCAGAUGAUAUGGACAAAAACAUCCAUGCCAUAAACACUCUGUCGGGCCUUCUGCAGGGGCCUUUCGAUGUGGGCAAUGCUUUAGCGGGCCGUCAGGGUGUGAUGGAGAUGAUGGUGGCCCUUUGCGGCUCCGAGCGCGAAGUGGACCAGCUGGUAGCGGUGGAGGCCCUGAUUCACGCUUCCACCAAAACAAGCAAAGCCUCCUUCUUCAUUAGCAAUGGUGUGGCUCUGCUGAAGGAAAUGUAUAAGAAAACCAAGAAUGAGAAGAUCAAGAUCAGAGCCCUUGUGGGUCUUUGUAAGCUGGGUUCUGCUGGUGGAGAUGAUUACAGCAUGAGACAGUUUGCAGAAGGUUCUACAGAGAAACUGGCCAAACAAUGCCGAAAGUGGCUAUGCAACCCUUCACUUGAUGUGCGCACUAGGAAAUGGGCCAUCGAGGGUUUGGCUUAUCUUACCAAUGAUGCAGACGUUAAGGAUGACUUUGUGGAGGAUGAACCAGCCAUGAGGGCUAUGUUUGACCUCGCCAAGUCAAAUGAUAAGACGAUCCUGUAUGCUGUAGCCUGCACCCUUGUCAACUGCACAAACAGCUAUGAAAAGAAAGAGAUUAUCCCUGAAAUGGUGCAGCUGGCCAAGUUCUCCAAACAACACGUCCCUGAGCAGCACCCUAAGGAUAAGAAGGAUUUCAUUCAAAGGCGAGUGAAAAGGCUAUUGAAAGCUGGAGUCACAUCAGCUCUCACUGUCAUGGUCAAAGCAGAUAAUUCGAUUCUCACCGAUCAGACUAAAGAGAUGCUUUCACGAGUUUUCCUUGCAUUGGCAGAGGAUACUAAAGAUCGUGGCAUAAUCGUAGCUCAAGGUGGAGGAAAGGCCUUGAUCCCAUUGGCCCUGGAGGGUUCAGACAAAGGGAAAAUAAAGGCUAGCCAUGCUUUGGCGAAGAUCGCCGCGGUCUCCAACCCUGAAAUCGCUUUCCCUGGUGAGAGGGUGUAUGAAGUCGUGCGACCAUUGGUUUCAUUGCUAAACACAGAACGAGACGGUAUGGAAAACUUUGAAGCGCUACUGGGUCUCACAAAUCUUGCAGCUUUAAAUGACAAACUUCGAGUGAAAAUCCUUAAAGAAAAAGCCCUUCCUGAGAUUGAGAACUACAUGUUUGAGGAACAUGAACAGAUCAGACAAGCCGCAACAGAAUGCAUGUGCAACCUGGUUAGCUGUAAAGAGGUUCAAGACAGAUAUCUGGAAGAUGGUAAUGAUAAACUGAAAUUGCUUGUCUUGCUCUGCGGUGAGGAUGAUGAGGUGCUACAGCGGGCGGCGGCCGGUGCGCUGGCUAUGCUCACUGCUGCACAGAAGAAACUUGCUGUUAAGUUGACUAAAGUGACUGAGCAGUGGCUCGAAAUCAUACAGAGAUUGUGCCUUCAUGACAACGUUCAAAUUCAGCACAGAGGUUUUGUGACCGUGUAUAACAUGCUGGAUGCGGAUGAGGAGUUGGCCAAGAAAUUGAUCGGAAGCGAAUUGCUGGAAAUCAUGACAUACGUCGCAAAGCUAGAAGACAACCCUAAGAAACAGGAUGCUAUAAAUGCGGCCCGUGUCUGCCUGUCUAGGGCCAUGGAUAGUGGACUUAUAAAACCUUUUUCUAAUUAAAUCUGAAUCAAUAAUCAAUUGAAUGUGUCAUUGGAAGUAUACAGAAUGGUCUGCUUUCUAGGAAAGUGAAAGAGUGCAAACCAUUUAUAUAUUUUUUUUAUUUCUAAUAAUUAGCAAAGUAUUUAAUUUAGUAUCUGUUUGUGUGGCUGUUUGUAUGUUUGGUAUUUAUUUAACAUAUUUCAUGUAUUUGCACUUGUCAAAGUUUGGUUGAUGGAUAAAAAUGCUGUUUUUGGAGAAAA